AUCAGACACUCACAUUUCCCCUCCCUUUCUGCACCUGAGCAUGGCUGAUAUCGAAUCUUUGAAAAUCCAGGGCAAUGUGCUUUCCCCCGCAUCCGCUGGGUAUAGAGAGGCGCUCCAGCGCAACUCAGACCUGUCCAUCCUUGAGGCAGCAUACGUCAUUCAACCGGCGGUAUACACAGAUAUCCCGAUAAUUCUAUCCUAUGCCUUGUCUCACUCGCCUAGAUUCGAGAUAGCUGUCAAGGGUGGAGGCUGCCAUUCGUCGACUUGGUCGAGCACCCAGGGAGGGAUCGUCAUCGAUCUCUCUUUAUUGAACUUGGUAAAGCUGUCUGAUGACCGCAAGACAAUCGUUAUCCAGGGUGGUGCGAACUGGGGUAAUGUGUACGAAGUCGGCAGUAAAGAAGGAAUCGAAGUGGCCGGCGCGCCUUUGUGGUUCGUCGGUGUAGGCGGGUCGCUCUUGGGCGGCGCGUACGGCAAUUUGACUUCCGAGCAUGGCCUCGGGAUCGAUAACAUGGUGGCAGCGACGGUCGUCCUCGCUGACGGGCGCAUCGUGAAGACAAGCGCUACCGAAGAACCUGAUCUCUUCUGGGCUAUAAGGGGUGGUGGAAACCAGUUCGGUAUCGUCGUCGAAUUCGUUUUGAAAGCCUUCCCUUCCCCCGGUCCUUCAACUGUCGGUGCUCUGGUGUACCCAGGAACUGCGUUUGCCGAUGUGAUCCAGGUCGUUCAGGACUUUGUAUCAGCCGCAUCUGUGCAUGAGAAGGUUAGCAUGAUGUUUACCCGUCCUGGUCCACAUUUCAAGCCUACAAUUGUGAUAGCACCUUGGAUCUCGGCCGCAAGCUCCCGCUCCGCUGAAGAGAUCUUGGCUCCAUUCCGCAUCCGAGUAACGCCAACAGUUGACAGAAUAUCCUCUGCUCCCGAUCAACUCACCAUCUCCCAUUCGGCUGAUGCUGGCCUCUCUCGUGCACCCCGUCGUCUCACCAUCCGAGGGGUCGCCUUCUCGGAGUUGUGGACGGACAUGAUAACUGAGGUGUGGGUACGUUGGUGCAAGUUCACGGAAGAUAACGAAGACGCGAGGUCGAGUAUGGUUCUGUGGGACACGCGUCAAUGGGAAAAGAUUGUGCAAGUGGGGAGAGAAGAAACCGCGUUCGCUAUCAGACGUCCUCAUUAUUCUGUCGCCAUCCAGGGAAGGAACUCGCGUCCUGAGACUGACGAAGCAUCCCGAGCUUUCGUCGCUUCUACCGUUGAAUUCAUCCGCCGCACCAAUGUCGAGAAGACGGGGGACGAUCUCGGCAUCCUGCUCAACAUGGCGCAGGGCGAUGAGCCAGCCGAUGCCGUGUUUGGCUUGAACUUGCCGAGGCUCAGGAAGUUGAAAGCCAAGUAUGAUCCGGGAAGGCUGUGGACAAAAGGGUUCGUAAUCGAACCGGAGUCUGUCUGAUUGGUGCCCGGGAGCCCACCUGUCACCAGGGCAUGCAGGCAUUUAUUCAGGACGCCUUUGAAUGCUGGAAGGGCGUACCCUUGAAUGAAGUGGGCCAAAUAUGAUGUACAGUAGGGAUUCGCCCAACUUUGCAAUGAUAUCCGCUGCGCAAUCCAGAUGUUGCCCG